CAUGCUCGCAGAGCCUCGCGGGACACAACGGAGGUCUGUGUUGUUGCACCAAGGGGAUUUGGAUUCUGGAGUCCACAGCCAUUUCCCUUCCCUCGCCUUGGUCACAUUUGCCAUUGAAGCUCGCGAGCAAUGGCUGGAGCAGUGAUGGCCGGAGCAACGGCCUACAUGGCGUCGCUGUCGCUGAGAAGCUCUCCAUUCACGGAAUUCAACGGCUUGGCUGCAGCUCCUUCCUUCCGCCCUUCAAUCCCUGCGCCCACACGCUCAACUUUGUUGCGGGAGACGUUGAAGGUAGAGGCUUUGAAGGAUCAAACCCGGAGAGAAUCUUUGAAAUCUCGUCAUAGGCGUUUGAGGAAGAAGCUGAGUGGCACCACGGAGAGGCCUCGAUUGGCUGUCUUCCGCACGAAUCAACAUCUCUAUGCCCAAGUCAUUGAUGACACAAAGCAGCACACUUUGGCUGCCGCAUCCACCCGCACGAAGGAGAUCCGUGAUACCAUUGAGGACACAGCAGGUCCAACCAUUGACUCGGCUAAGAAAGUUGGAGAGGCCAUUGGCAAGCUCUGCUUAGAAAAAGGUAUUACCAAGGUGGCCUUUGAUAGGGGAGGCUUUGUUUACCACGGACGCAUUAAGGCUUUGGCAGAUGCUGCUCGUGAAGCUGGUCUAGACUUUUAGAGGUAGUCCAUACAUCUAGGAACGAAUGCAUCAACGGCUUGUAAGCUGAUUAUGAUUGUGUCAUUUGAAAAGUUCAGGUUUGCUGACAAGAAAUGCAGACUGUAUUUAUCAAUCAAUUCAUAACUUCGUGAUUGUGACUGCACCUGUAA